GUUGGUGAAUAAAAAAUAGUGUCUUUUUCUUUGUCUUCUUGUUGUUCUCCUGCUAAAACAAAAAAGCUUGAAACUUUGAACUAUUUCAUUCUCUUAUCAUGUUUCAAAUGGGAAGUGGAAGAAGAUCACGGGAGGAAGAGAUUUACUGGAACCAUUUUCAGUUCAUCCAUUUCACCCUAUUUCUGAGCACCACCCAUUUUCAACAACAACUUGCACUUCCUAAAACAUUCUCAGACAACUUAAAGAAGAAGUUGCCAGAAAAUGUGACCCUUAAAGGUCCUAGUGGAGUUGUAUGGAAUAUAGGGCUGACAACUAGAAAUGAUACUGUGUACUUCAUGGACGGUUGGCAGCGGUUUGUGAAAGAUCAUUCUUUGAAAGAAAAUGAUUUCCUUGUCUUUAAGUACAAUGGUGAAUCACUCUUUGAGGUUUUAAUCUUUAAUGGAGAAAGCUUAUGUGAGAAAGCAGCUUCUUAUUUUGUUCUAGAAUGUGGACAAGCUCAUACUGAACAAGGGGGCAACAAAGGAAAGAAUUCAAACAAUUUUUUUGAAGAAGUCAAUACUCCUUCCUAAUGGUGGUGUUGAAUGUGCUUCACCUGAGAAAUUUCGGCGUACAAGAACACCAUUUGCUGUACCUUUUGAAACUACCAACGGAAAGACUUUUAAUGCUGGCAUUGAAUCUGCUUCCUCUAAGAAAUGCAUGGCUGAUGCACUCACUAAGACGACAACUAUACAGUUUCCCUUCCAGCCAACCGGCAAAAGGACUAAGAAGAAGCCUGUUAAAGAAGCCGUGCCUGUCAAGACUAAGAAGCGAGGAAGACCACCCAAAGAUGGUAAUUCUAGCAAGAGAGCACUUGAUUUGAAGGCUUGUAACAAGGAACACUCUGGUCAAAACAUUUCUCUUUUUCGAUUAACUUUUACUAUAUUGAUUCUAGCUUAUUUAGUAACUAUAACAUUCUGAUGCCAUCGGUUUUUUAUGCUGCACAUGCUUUACUAUGAAGAUUGUAAAAGCUUAAGAAGGUAACUGCAUGUUCGUUGUGCAACUGCAAACUACAUUUCCGCCCUUUUUAUAAUGGUCCUAAGCGUGUUUUAUCAGUAUCAAAUGACACAGGCGAGUCGUAUCUGGAUUUGAUACUAAACUGGACCAAAUCGAUACGAACAUCUAAUGUAUAUCGAUUUGGACAUGAAUCUCAUCUUGAAUCCUGAUUCACUAUGAUCAGUUUUGAUUAUUUCUAAUGAAUCAGUACUUAUACUUAGAGUAGCCAACCACUUUUUUUUUGUCAAAUUGGUAUAACCAAUCACUUUUGUUUUAUCAUUUGAUUUAUUACUUCAAUCAAAAAUCAUUUUGAAGU